UCUCAUUUACCCAGUUAAUCACUUUAUUAAGAUUAUUGAAAGACCAACAAAAUUCUUAUAAUUUCAAAGGCUGCCUUUGGAGCUAGGGAAUAAAUGGAAAUUAGUGCUAUCAGGAAAAGUCUGGGUACUUUGGAUCCAAGAAUUCAUUUUAUUGUAUCUGCUUUUCAAUUCCGUAUAGGUACCUAGACCUUGUUCCUCAGACGGCAGUAUUUUCAAAUGAAGGUUAGUCCUAGCCCUAUAUUGGCCUUGGAAUUAGAACCAUCUCGGUCAAAACCAGAUCUAUGGUUCAGCUGAAGAAGGAAAUCGAGUCCAUUAAGUAUGUAUGGACUUAAUUGAAUACUCCAGGCCUGUUACUUCAUAGCGCUCAGUCCAUCAAGCCUGGAUUUAAAAUUGGUAUAUAAAUACUUCUUUUCUUUCAUCAUCUCCAAAGAUGGUCAGUUUUCUCAUCCCCCAGGAAGUUGGUGAGAGUAGCUCUUUUCUCCAUGUUAUUGUGUUUGAUAACAUCUCACACCUGAUAUAUCUGACUACACACGUGACUUAAUUGCUUAACCCCCUGAUUACCGUGACUACAUCGCCAGGUGUGAAAAAUAAAAGUGAUUACCAGAAAGAGGCAAACUCGAAACUUCUGGUAAGCAAUUAAUGUUGCUGCUUUGCACAGGAACUAUGAGAAGUUUUAGGUACUUGUGACAUUGUGAGAUGUUUGGUUUCAUCCUAAUAACCAAACAACGGCAGGAGUGAGUGAGAAAGCCACCAUUUACUUACCGUUCGAGAAUUUUGCAAACCACUUGGGAAAAUUAAACUCCCCGCUUCUCUUCAUUUGUGAGAUUUUGGCCCUUCUCAAGCCCUAUUAGUAAAUAGUUGCAAAUCUUAAAAUGGGUGUUUAAGUUUCACGUCCACUACGUUAUAGAUCUCACAGCCUUUCAAUGAAGUCACCGUUGCUUUUCGGUAGUUUUAUGAAAUCCUAGAAAAAUGACAGAUUUGAUUUCUUCUUAAAAGAAAACGUGAUUACUGCCAUUCGCAUUCUCCCAACUUCGUCUUCGUUGUGGAGAGGAUACAAAGCCGAUGUAAUUGUGUGGAGAUUGAGUCCUCUUUGUCCCUAAAGCAUUGGGCUAGGUGCCUAAAUGUCACUUGGGCCAUUUAUCUGAUAUGCACUUGGGCUAGCCACGACUGCUGUAUCGGUUGUUAUUGUUAGUUCAUACCCUGGCGAGCAGAUCGCCCAGAAAAGCGUCUCAGCGAACACUCCUGGGGGUUCCGCGUCGCUCGGGCUUGGGAGCUGGGUUUUGCCGGGCAUGGGAACUGGGCUCUGGCAAUCGGGUGGCACUCAAUCUCCUAGAGCGGUCGUUCGGGCCCCGUGCCAGGCGCCGUGGAAUCAGGGGAUCGAGCGCCACUGGCCCGAGUCAGCGUGCUGAACUAGUUUGCCUUGCUGCAGGCUGGGGGCCCUCGGAAAGUCCGGCUAUUUUUAAAGCUGGUGAGCUCAGCUUCCCCAGCCGCCGGCCUCGGGCGGGUCCCUCCCUCCGGGGGCCGGGCGGGCGGGCCCGCAGGGGUUAAGCGGCGGCGCGGCGGGCGCGGAGCUCCGCCUCCGCUCCCCGCACCUGGCGCUCCGCAGACCGUCGCCGGGGCGCUGGCUUUCGGAGGGGAUUGGCGGAGAGCGGGAGGGGAGAGGAUGUGACAAGUGCCGGCUCGGGCGGCCGCCGCCGGGAGGCCGCGCGCACCUGUCCCUGCCCGUCUCGCGCCGCCCGCGGCCGCUCGGACGCGCGCACAGCCGCCCCCCGCCGCCCGAGCGCAGCGCAGCGCGCGCGCCGAGAACAUGACUUCUGCCUUCAAGCUGGAUUUCCUCCCGGACAUGAUGGUCGAGGGCCGCCUGCUCGUUCCCGACAGAAUUAACGGCACAGCCAACAAGAUGAACGGCGCUUUGGAUCACUCAGACCAACCAGACCCAGAUGCCAUUAAGAUGUUUGUCGGACAGAUCCCCCGGUCCUGGUCGGAAAAGGAGCUGAAAGAACUUUUUGAGCCUUACGGAGCCGUCUACCAGAUCAACGUCCUCCGGGACCGGAGUCAGAACCCUCCCCAGAGUAAAGGUUGUUGUUUCGUAACAUUUUAUACAAGAAAAGCUGCACUUGAGGCCCAGAAUGCACUGCACAAUAUUAAAACUUUACCUGGGAUGCAUCAUCCCAUCCAGAUGAAACCUGCAGAUAGUGAAAAGUCAAACGCCGUGGAAGACCGGAAAUUGUUCAUAGGAAUGGUUUCGAAGAAAUGUAACGAAAAUGAUAUCAGGGUGAUGUUUUCUCCAUUCGGCCAGAUAGAAGAAUGCCGGAUUCUCCGGGGGCCCGACGGGCUGAGUCGAGGCUGUGCGUUUGUCACAUUUUCUACAAGGGCAAUGGCACAGAAUGCAAUCAAAGCCAUGCAUCAGUCUCAGACCAUGGAGGGCUGCUCCUCGCCCAUCGUAGUGAAGUUCGCGGACACUCAGAAGGACAAGGAGCAAAGGCGCCUCCAGCAGCAGCUGGCCCAGCAGAUGCAACAGCUCAACACUGCCACCUGGGGGAACCUGACGGGGCUGGGCGGACUCACCCCACAGUACCUGGCGCUUCUACAGCAAGCCACCUCCUCCAGCAACCUGGGUGCGUUCAGUGGCAUUCAGCAGAUGGCUGGCAUGAAUGCUCUGCAGUUACAGAACCUGGCAACGCUGGCGGCGGCAGCGGCCGCAGCCCAGACCUCAGCCACCACCACCAAUGCAAACCCUCUGUCCACCACGAGCAGCGCCCUGGGAGCCCUCACCAGUCCCGUGGCGGCUUCAACCCCCAACUCCACUGCUGGUGCAGCCAUGAAUUCUCUGACCUCUCUCGGGACUCUGCAAGGACUGGCGGGAGCCACUGUCGGACUGAAUAAUAUUAAUGCACUAGCAGGUACCAUAAACAUUGCUCAAAUGCUCUCAGGUAUGGCGGCUCUGAAUGGAGGACUUGGCGCCACGGGCUUGACGAAUGGCACGGCGGGCACCAUGGACGCCCUCACGCAGGCCUACUCAGGGAUCCAGCAGUACGCGGCCGCGGCGCUGCCCACGCUGUACAGCCAGAGCCUGCUGCAGCAGCAGAGCGCCGCGGGCAGCCAGAAGGAAGGUCCAGAGGGUGCAAACCUCUUUAUUUACCACCUUCCACAGGAGUUUGGAGACCAGGACAUUCUGCAGAUGUUCAUGCCUUUUGGAAAUGUUAUCUCUGCUAAAGUCUUCAUUGACAAACAGACCAAUCUGAGCAAGUGCUUUGGCUUCGUUAGCUACGACAAUCCGGUGUCCGCACAAGCUGCUAUCCAGGCUAUGAACGGCUUUCAGAUUGGCAUGAAACGCUUGAAGGUCCAGCUGAAGCGCUCCAAGAAUGACAGCAAACCUUACUGAUCCCAACCCCCGAGGCUCCCUGCUCUUAUUUUAGCUUUCUUAGGGUAAGUCCCACAAGCCAGCCUGUUCUCAACAGGAAAGGCAGAGGAGGACCACAUUGCCAACUUUUACCAAGAGAGACGGUUAUUUUUACAAUAAGGCCUCCAUGUCCCCUCCCCGUGCCCCCCACCCAGUUCGCCAUAAUUAAAAACUUGGGCUACCUUGUUUCUAUCGAGUAAAACUCCUUUUCCAGUUGUGCCACUGUAUUUUCCUUUGUUUUGCAAUUUGAAUCUCCUUUUACCUUUUCUGUUUUGUUCUCAUUUUUUGGCUUUUUUUUUUUUUUUUAAAGAAAAACACACAUGAAUAAAUGACAUCUUGAGAGUUUAAAAGGCAAACAAAGGCUAACGUGCAAUUCUAACUCUGAGACCCCCGGUGCCCCAGAGCACUGCCUGGAGAAUUCACCCCUCCUGUCCGCGCCCACCCCCCUAGGAGGGCGCCAACCGUUUAGAGGUUAAGGUGGUGGCAUAGCACGAGAGAGAAGCCAGGAGAAGCACUUAAAACAAUACAAACAUCUUUCCACUACAUUUGGUUUGUUUUAACAAGUAGGAUAUUAUUUUAGGGUUCAAAGAAACAUGACAUUUAUCGGUCAGAUUAUUACACUGGUUGUCUAUUUUGUUAUUGUUUUAUUUUAGUUUUUAGAAAGGAUUAAUGUAAAAAAAAGAUUUAGAGAUCUGUUUCUUAAAGCUACAGGGUUUAAAAAUAAAAUAAAAAUGAGUGAAAAUACUUGAUGUUUCUUGAAAGAUAAAUUUAAUAAUAAAUAAAUAAUACAUAAAUACAUAAAUAAAAAAGAAAGCCACAGGCCUGUAAAUUUUAUUUGUAAAAAAAGCAUUUCUAUUUUUGUACAAAAUUUUUACUGCCUCAGAAAUAAUGGAAGUUAUUUAUUGCCUAUUGUUAACUUAUUGGGUACCUAAAGAGCAGUUCUCUGUGCUAGCUAGAGCCUUUUGAAGUAGUCUCUAGAGGAAUCGUUCUAGGAAUGGGCUUUUUUUCACCGUUGAACCCUAGGCCUACAGUUCAUGCUUUUCCCUCUUGUUGUUUGUAUCUGUCUGACGAUUUUGUUCGUAGCUUCCAUGAUCUAUCUAGUUUAUAGUUCGGCCGUCUGACUCUCCCCCGUAUGUCACAUCCGUUGAAACUGGAUCCCCCCCCCCCCCCCCCCCCCCCCGCGCCUUGUCCCUCCCCAGCCCCCCCCCCCCAAACCUCCCGGAAUCCAUCCCUCUCCUCCUCCGGAUGGAUUCUCUUGGGGUUCCAUUGUGCUGUGGAUAAAUAUCGUAAGAAAUGCAAAUUACGGGAAUGGCUCGUAGACUCCCUGAUGACCUAAGAUUUGCAUUAGUUUUUCUCCUGCACCCUUAAGAGUGAUUUUGUUGCUGCUGCGUAGAUUCUGUGUAACUUUUUACUCUCCCUUGUUUUCUCCCUAGACAUCUUCAUGCCCGUUAGUUCACCGUUUGCCUAGCAUGUCCCUGUGGCGUCUCAAAAAAAAAGUUUCAUCGUCCCGUCAUUGUUUCUGAUGUCUUUCUGACCUCACAUCACAUUUGGUUCUCCUACUGACCUUUGAUCUAGUUUGACCUUUGAAAUUUGCAUGUGACCUCAUCUAGCUAUGAAUUCUGGGAAGUCAAUGUGAAAAACAUUGCUGCAUUCAUGCAAGACUGAAAUUUAUUAUUAGACAAAUUAAUUAUAGAAAAAAAACACCUGUGGCAAAAACGUUUCUUUCUUAUUUUUUUUCUUUCUUUUCAUAAAACAGACUUGAAAGUAUUAUACAGGGAUUGGCAUUCUUCCCGGUCACUGGUAACAAUAGCAAUAUGUGUCCAGGGACACAGAAUGUUGGUUUCUAACAGACUACUUCCAAAAACAGUUUGAGAAAAAAACUGUCUGAUUUUAAGUCUCUAGAGGUCUGUAAUAGUUUUUACAUUUUUCAGGCAGUGUAAAGUUUUUUGAUAAGGCCAUUUUAGGUGGCUCACUUUCUCAUUAAGAUAUAUAUAUAGAACCACUUUUUGUAGAUUAGUAUAAGAAAAAUAUUUACCCUGUUUUGGGGCAAAUGCUACCUAUUUGUGUCACCUUUUGCUGAACUGACUCACAGUUAGACAAUCCAUGGUUUAAUGCACAUGAAAUUACCUAUAUUUUAUACUGUUUCAAUGUACAGGAGAAAGGUUACUGUAAACUGUGUUAUGUUGGUGCUUCUGUGAAUUAAGUUGUGGUUUCAAUCAUGAGUCUUAUGGUCUUAAUGUUCUCUGUUGAUAAGACAAGUUUAGAAUUGGUUUACUUAAAGAAUUUCAAAAAAAAAAAGUUUGCUUAAAAAAAAAAAAAUUUCAUGUGAGGGAAAAAAAAAAAAAACCCUAUUCCAGAAUAAGUUUUGUGUUGGCUUGUAAAGCAUUGAUGUCAUUUUUUUUUUUUUAUUGUGGACUAUUUAGAUGUGUUUGUGUUCAGCAAAAUGUGAUUUUUUUUUUCUUUUAAAGAAAAAAAGUGAAAAUAUAUAGUGCCAAAUUCCAAAGGUACUUCCUUCCUAGAGCUUCAGUGUGUUUCUU